UAGUGCUAGAGGAAGCGUUGCCGCCACAACUUCUUUAUGAAACUCGUAGUGCCCCAACUGCCAGUCUGGUUUGGUAUUUCAAUUCGAGAGGUUGACUUUCUCAUUUUGAUAUCGUGGACUCGAGAAGAAACUCCUUCUUCUUUUUUUUUUUCUCAGUAAUAGUCGAUUAGAAGAAAAAACCCCGCGCCACAUUUCAUUGUGAUCUUCACAUCUUAACUCGUCUUCGAAUUUCUAUUUUUGGUCUUAAGUCAGCUAUUCCUGUUUAGCAAUUCCUUGCAACUCACGACAACAGGGUCUUUUUUGUCGUUCUUUUUGCAAAGAAAGGAAAGCCUCCCAGAAGAGAAGGGAAAACCAUCCAACAAGUUAAACGCGUUGUUUUCAAUUGAAUCAAACCACAAUCAAGCGCGUAAGGAGGAAAUAAAUCUUUAAAGUGAAUUCAAUUAACAAGAGUGCCUUUUCUCGAGUAAUUUUAUCAAAUUGUUGUGUGCAACAUUGGUUGUAUGUAAUAUUUGGUGUGUUGAGAGACAUUGAUACAUAUGCAAAGAAGAACCAAAUGGGACUUGGAGACAAAUGCAAACUAAACACUGAUACAACGUUUAAAUUCAGAUUCAAUUGAAAACUCUAAAAGCUCACUAAGCUAUGGGCAAAAAGUGAAUGCAGUGCGCAAAGAGCAUCGUCUUGAGAUAAAAAAAAGAUAUUUUGCAGCUCUCUCUCUUUAUUUCACACGGCGCAAAUUUUUCCAGUAAACCCAUCGUCUCAGGAAUUGAAGAAAGAAAAUUUUUUUCAACGAGAAAUUUCCCCCAUUUGGAAAUUCCUCACACCCACCCACGGAGUCUCUAAUCAAGGAGAAAAAAGUGUGUUGACGUACGGAAUCUCAAAAUAAAAAAAAAGCGAAAAGAUAAAAAAAAACUACUCAAAACGCCAUGGAAACUUCCUUAUGGUACAGCAUUGUGAUCUUUAUAGCAAUAACACAAGUUAAUUCACUUGAAAAUGGAUUGGCACGAACACCACCAAUGGGAUGGCUGUCAUGGGAGAGAUUUCGAUGUAAUACAGAUUGCGAAGGAGAUCCCGACAACUGUAUAAGUGAAAAUUUAUUCCGGACAAUGGCCGACUUGGUCGUGUCGGAAGGCUAUGCUGCCGUAGGUUAUGAAUAUAUCAAUGUGGACGAUUGCUGGUUGGAAAAAUCAAGAGGUCUCCAUGGGGAACUCCUUGCAGACAGGAGACGCUUUCCACGGGGAAUGAAGGCGCUAUCAGAAUACAUUCACGCACGAGGUCUUAAGUUUGGUAUUUAUCAAGACUUUGGUAAUUACACGUGUGCUGGCUAUCCAGGAAUCCUUGGAUAUUUGGGACAGGAUGCACAGCAAUUCGCAGACUGGGAAGUUGAUUAUGUGAAAUUGGAUGGAUGCUACUCCCUACCAACGGACAUGGAUCACGGAUACCCAGAAUUUGGUCGUCAUUUGAACGCCACUGGACGCGCAAUGAUAUAUUCGUGCAGUUGGCCUGUGUAUCAGAUUUACGCCGGAAUCGCGCCAAACUUCUCCUCGAUCAUUGAACAUUGCAACCUCUGGCGCAACUACGACGACAUCCAAGACUCAUGGGCCUCACUUGAGACAAUCAUCGACUACUACGGCAACAAUCAAGAUGCAAUUGUACCCAAUGCUGGACCAGGACACUGGAAUGAUCCCGAUAUGCUAAUCAUUGGCAACUUUGGCUUGAGCUAUGAGCAAUCAAAGACACAAUUUGCCCUGUGGGCCAUCAUGGCUGCACCACUUCUUAUGUCUGUGGACUUGAGGACAAUUCGCCCUGAAUUCAAGGCUAUUCUGCAGAAUCGCAAAAUCAUUGCUGUUGACCAGGAUCCACUGGGCAUCCAGGGACGUCGUAUCUACAAGCACAAGGGCAUUGAAAUUUGGUCACGACCCAUCACACCAAUCUAUCACACAUACUACUCCUACGCUGUGGCAUUUGUCAAUCGACGAACCGACGGAACACCAUCUGAUGUUGCCGUCACACUCAGGGAAUUGGGACUCAUCUCACCAUCUGGCUACAGAGUUGAGGACUUGUACGAGGAAGUUGACUACGGAGUACUCAGCCCACAGACGAAGAUCAAAGUCAAAGUCAACCCAUCGGGAGUGGUUAUCCUGAGAGCUGAUGUCCAGCCAGAUCGCUACUCAAGAACACCCUACACACCCCUAAAUUAUUUUAGAGGAUGAUUCACAAAUAACAACCCCUCCGCGAAUUCCUAAAACUUGACACCUCUCCCUCCCAUUUUUUCCAGUAUCCUUUGCAAUUUAUCUUUCCCUCCCUCAUUGAAACAACUUCUUAUUCCUUAAAACAAAGACAAUCUUUAGUUAAAAGUAUAAAUUUUUGUGUGUAUGUGUAAACAAUUUGCGGAAUCUGUUUUUCUACCGCCUCAAGGAAAAGUCUUUGUAAAUUUUUCUUGUAAGUUAAAAUGCAAAUAUUUUUCUUUGUAUUUAACUCCCAAAACAAAUGCACGCAUCAUUCUUAAAGAAACAAGAAUUAAUUAAACAAUAUAAAUUAAAGAAGACGUGCGAUGAAAUUUAAGAAGAAAAUAAAGAAAAACAUAAAUAGCAUAAGUUAUUAAGCAUUUCAUGUGCCAGCUGUGUCAAGUACAAGGUGUGAUGCAAUUGUUACCCUUGAAUUUAAUUUAAUAAAAAAAAGAAGAUAUCAAAAGAAUAAGAAUUAAGAAAUGAUCAAAUUCAAAUCCCUAUACUUUUUUGCAUCCAGUAGGACACGCAAAGUGUAAUGAAAUUUUUUUUUUAAAUUUAAAAUUAUUAUAGUGAAAAAAAAUCAGUGAAUUAAAAUAUUUUACUUUAAAUAAUAAAGAAAAACAACGUGUAAGCAAGGUGAGAUAAUCUCACGAGAGCUGUAGUGAUGGCGAAUGAGAGUAAGAAUAUAGAAAUCUAUAUUUAAAUUGAUCACAAAA